AUAUGUCACUGAAUUAAGAAUACUGUAAAUACCAAUGAUGUAGCAGAUUGAAUACAGAAGCUGAAGAUGUCAACAUGGCAGAACAAGAUAAAAAUAUUUCUAACAGACGCUUGCCGGAGUUAACUGAAAAAGAUCUGCAGGAUUUUGGUAUUGAAUCGAAGAAAGACCGCGAGGAAACAAUGAAGAUUAUAAAAGAAAUCCUGGCCAGUGCCAUACCUGAAUACCUAAAGAUUUUUAAUGACCCCAUACAUGGCCAUAUUGAGCUGCAUCCAUUGUGUGUGAAGAUCAUUGACACGCCCGAGUUCCAGAGACUACGAUUCAUCAAGCAGCUUGGGGCUUGCUACUUUGUAUAUCCAGGAGCUGCUCACAACAGAUUUGAACAUAGCCUAGGAGUUUGCCACCUAGCAGGAGAACUGGUUCGAGCUAUCGGGGACAGACAGCCUCAAUACCAUAUCACCAGUACUGAUAUUCUUUGUGUAGAGAUCGCUGGCCUCUGUCACGACCUUGGCCACGGUCCGUUUUCUCACCUAUUUGACAGGAAGUUCAUCCCUGAGGCCAUUCCCGGGGGCAGGUGGGAGCAUGAGCAAGCAUCUGUUGAAAUGUUUGAUCAUCUUGUGAAGAAGAAUGGGCUGGAAGAAGAAUUUAAAAAGUACGGCCUCGAAUCGGCCGAUCUUACCUUCAUCAAAGAGCAAAUCAAGGGACCAUCAAAAGAUGAGUCAGAGCGCCGGAAGAGUACUUCUGAUACCAUUGACCUUGACCACAGAGACUGGCCGUUUAAGGGACGUGACAAAAACAAAGGAUUUUUGUACGAGGUUGUUGCUAACAAAAGGAAUGGUAUAGAUGUGGAUAAGUGGGAUUACUUUGCCAGGGACUGCCACAAUCUUGGUAUCCGAAACAAUUUUGACCACCUUAGAUUCAUCAAGUUUGCUAGAGUUCUGUUUGUUGACGAAGAAUUUCAAAUCUGCUCCAGAGACAAGGAGGUCCAGACUCUGUAUGACAUGUUCCACACACGUUUAACACUACAUAAGAGGGCCUACCAGCAUAGAGUGAAUGUCGUCAUAGAACGCAUGUAAGUAUCGUGAUGCUGUGCUGUAAAUACUGUGAUGUCAUGCUGUAAGUACCAUGACAUCAUGCUGUAAGUAUGGUGACGUUCUACUGAAAGUUUCAUGACAUCAAGUACCAUGACGUCAUCUGCUGUUGAAAGUACCAUCACACCAUUGUGAAAGGUAUCAUUAUAGAAUUGCUCUAAGUACAUUGACGUCAUGCUGUGAGUACCGUGAUGUCAUACUGUAAGAUCCAUAACAUCUUGCUUUAAAAUAUCAUUGUAAAAGUUAUUAUACCCCCAUUUGCAUUUUG